AUGUUGAUCAACAGACAAGUCCUUCAAUGGAAGUGAAAGAAUCGAAGCGAAGCAGGGACGAGAGAAACAGACGUUGCCUUCUUGAGGGACCACGGCGGACUUCAAGUCCAGGAAUAAAGCAUAGUUCAACCGACGCAUGUAAUAUCAUGCAUCGAAGCCCCUUCGAGUCGGCAGCAUGGCAAAGGACAAGGCCUAAGGGAGUGAAUCCUUGGUCACGACACGGAAGUCGUUCUUCUAGCGCGAAGAAGAGAUAAGGAAGGGUGAGAACGAGCUAGUUUCUUCAAUCGAUUGUAAUCAGCGGGAUCGGAUGAGGGUUACGGCAAUUUAGCGAUUGUUUAGCAAG